AUGCGCCACUGGGAGGCUGCUGUCUUCGCUGCUCGGGCCUUCCGACCUGAGCGGACGGACACCACCACCACAGGCCUCAUCACGGACCCGGAGGACCUCCUCCUCCUCCGCCUCCACCACCACACCAUCAUCACCAGCCCGGCCCCCGCGGCCCACCGCCAGCGCCGCUUCUUGAUUUCGGGCCCGGCGGCCUCAGGUUCUCGGGCGGAGGUCCGCAUGGGCAUGGAGGCCCCGGGGGCCCAGGGGGAUUUGGAGGACACCACGGCGGCCCUUGGUGAAGGGCCCUGA